AAAAAUCCUAGGAAAGAUAAAAUCUAGUAAAGAAAUCUUACGUAAUAUACCAAAGUGUUGGAUAGCAAGCUAGACAAUUUAGAUAAUUUAUAAAGGUUAAAUAUGCUAUGUUUAUAAAUGUGCAAAUGCUACAAUAUUUUUCCAUGUCACCUUUCAAAAUGUAUCUUCAGAAAGAAAAAACUUGAAGAAUACUGAUAUCUUAGGAAACGUGGGAUUAAGCUUAGGGAAGACCCUCGGUAAGCGUGGAGAAUCCGAUGAGAUGGUUGGUAUUUGGUAACUGAUCAGAGAUUUCUGAGUUUCCUAAUGUGGCCUCUGGACACGUCCUACCCUCUGCCUUUCCUUCUCCUGUCAAAGUGGAUGAUACAUGCUUGAAAAACCCCAGGUUCUCAGAAUGGGUGUUUUGUUCAUUUUGUGGGCGGGGUCAAGGGGGAGGUCUAGAUGCAUAGGAAAUACAGAGAGUGUGUGUGGGAGAGAGCGUACGGCAAGGCCGUGGGAAGGGGAAUCGUCAUUUGCCAAAAAAGUACCUUGAGUGUGGAAGGGUUCCUGAACAGAGAACGGACAUAGGAAAAGAAGUCUAUGGAGGGCAGCGGCGUUGGCCUCGCCCUCUGCAAGCGGCUGCUGGAGGAGGACCACGAGCUGCACCUGUGUCUGGCCUGCAGGAACAGGAGCAAAGCGGAAGCGGUCCGCGCGGCUCUGCUGGCCUCUCACCCCCUUGCCGAGGUCAGCAUCGUGCAGGUGGAUGUCAGCGACCUGCAGUCGGUGUUCCGGGCUUCCCGGGAGCUCAAGCAAAGGUUUCAGAGAUUAGACUAUGUCUAUCUGAACGCUGGGAUCAUGCCCAACCCACAGCUGAAUAUCAAAGCGCUUUUCUCUGGCCUCUUUUCAAGAAAAGUGAUUCAUAUGUUCUCCACAGCUGAAGGAUUGCUGACCCAGGAAGAUCAAAUCACUGCCGACGGGCUCCAGGAGGUGUUUGAGACCAAUGUCUUUGGCCACUUCAUCCUGAUUCAGGAACUGGCACCUCUCCUCUGUCACAGUGACAGUCCUUCCCAGCUUAUCUGGACAUCGUCUCGCAAUGCGAGGAAAUCGAAUUUCUGCCUCGAGGACAUCCAACACAGCAGAGGCCAGGAGCCCUACAGCUCCUCCAAGUACGCGGUUGACCUGCUCAGCGUGGCUGUGAACAGGAACUUCAACUCGCGGGGUCUGUAUUCCAGUGUGGUGUGCCCGGGUACCAUGGUGACCAAUAUGACGUGUGGAAUUCUCCCUCCCUUUGUGUGGACACUGCUGAUGCCAAUCAUAUGGCUGCUUCGCUUUUUUGCAAAUGCUUUCACUCUGACACCGUACAAUGGAACAGAAGCCCUGGUAUGGCUUUUCCACCAAAAGCCCGAGUCUCUCAAUCCCCUGACCAAAUACCUGAGCGCCACCACUGGCUUUGGAAGCAAUUACGUAAUGACCCAGAAGAUGGACCUAGAUGAAGACACCGCUGAAAAAUUUUACCAAAACUUACUGGAACUGGAAAAGCACGUUAGGGCCACCAUUCAAAAAAGAAAUCAUCAGAGCUGACCAUUAUCCCCUCUGAAACACUGUGUGCCUUCUGCACAUUCUGGACUUCUGUUGAGUUGGAUGAUGUGCACUUUUGGGAGACCAUGAACUAGAAGGGUCUCUUUUCCUUCCUUUCAGGAUUCUAAGACUGUGUGUGUGUGUGUGUGUGUGUGUGUGCGCGCGCGUGUGUGCGCACGUGUGUGUGUAGACAUGAGAAAAAGAUGGGUAAGUAAAAUCUCAGUUACAUAGUCUCCAGGAUGGUGUCACAGCAAAAUUGUGCGAGGGUCACCCAACCAAGUAUGUGCUCAUUGGUUCUGCCAACUGGAGCCCAAGGCCCACGGCGUGGGAUGAGGUGACCCGAGGAGCCGUGACACAGGCACUCGCUGGUCUUCCACUUGGCCUGCUCGAGCAGGAGAAAGUACCGGUCGCCCUCUGAGCGGUAAUCUGAGCUCUGUCCCUUUUCUUGUGAACAGUUUUCUUAGGUCUUGUACCCGAUUUCUUCCUCCACAUGCUGCUUCUAAAACUCCUGACAUCAUUAGAAUCCUAACAGUCCUAAUACAGAUACCCAUGUAGUUCAUCGCAGGAACAGAAGUGUCUUUGUGUUUGCACCACUUGAAUCCUGUCUUCUUUUGAAAGUGUCUUUUACUGAUGUUGAGGUGGCCUGUGUCAAUACCGCGCCCGACCCUUAGCACCAUUUGCAAAUUGGUUCAUUACUGACCAACCUGUGUUCGUGAUUAUAUUUUAAUGUUGGCACACUUGCAGCAAAACGUGAUUUACUCACGUUGUUUCAAAUUUUCCAAUUGAAUAAUUGCCGGUGAGCUAUCUGCUGGUGUCAGCAGCAGCUGGAAGUGGUUAGGACUCAAGUUUGCGUGAUGUGAAGACAAAAUGCUAUGAGACGCCUAGGUGUUUUUGCCCCAAAUACAACCAGCACCCUACCUGGAUUGUAAUAAAGCGAGCAAAAGUUUGAAUGACUUAAUAAAAGCAAAACAGGUUCUAGAAAUGUCAUUUCUAUACAUUCUCAGUACGGAUUUUGGUUAUGGUUUCUCUAAUUUUGUUGCUAGAGAUGCUGUUGAUGAUGUUAAACAUUCUGUGCGUGAAGAGAAGGACCGAAUGGUUCUGCCCACCCCCCGGUGUCUUUGGGGUUGGAGAGUGGAGGGCAGGCUGGGUUGAACUCUCGCAGCCACUCACACUGCAAGUUUGCAGGAAGCACUUUAUUGUGGAUCUUGGGCUCCACAUCAGGGAAGUGGAGUAGUUAGCGUCCUGCUUCCUGUGGUCACGGGUGUGGAGGGACAUUAAAUGCAAUAACACAUGGGAAUGAAUAAAGAGCAUUUUUUGAGAA